GGUGUUGUAUUGGUCAGUUGUUCAGAGAACCUGUUUAGAUGAAAAUAAACUUGGCUUGCUGUUAAGAGAAGCAGAAGUCAGUCAGAUUUUGAUUUAGACACCUAACUAAAUCAAGAAAUCCAAAGUAAGAGGUUCUUUCCAAGACCAAGGCUGGAAGAAGGAGCUACCAUGUCGUCUCCGAGAUCUACCAGAGUAGAACUGCAGCAAAAAUGCAUCGAAAACUGCUCCGAACGAUGCGAUAAAAGCAUUUUCACCAACUACAUUGCCAAGAGGUUCCCGAUAAGUACAUGGCUGCCGAAAUAUAAUUUCACUGCCUUACAAUUUGACAUAAUAGCAGGACUUACCGUAGGACUAAUGGUAGUACCACAGGGCCUAGCGUACGCUCUGGUGGCUGGAUUACCUCCACAAUAUGGCCUUUACUCAGCCUUUAUGGGUUGCUUCGUAUAUUGUAUUUUUGGAACAAGCAAAGACAUUACCCUUGGGCCCACUGCUAUCAUGUCUCUAAUAGUCUCAGCCUAUGGAAGACCGGAUAUUCCCGCUUUCGUAAUAGUACUGACGUUAUUCAGUGGCCUGAUUCAACUGGCAAUGGGAAUUCUGAAGAUUGGAUUUUUGGUGAAUUUCAUCUCUAUCCCAGUAGUGAGCGGUUUCACUUCGUCGGCAGCAAUCAUCAUUGCAAUCGGGCAAAUCAAAGACUUACUAGGACUCAGAGACGUACCUAGACCUUUUAUCAAGCGAGUCUACUACACGUUCAGGCACCUCGGAGACACCAAAACAGGAGAUUUAAUUCUCGGUCUCAUAUGUAUUGUGGUGCUUCUCUCGCUAAGAAAGGUCGGACGAUCGAAAUGGGUAAAGGAAGGCCAUCAGGAAAACCACAAGGGUUUGCGGUUGGCGAAAAAACUUGUGUGGAUCGUUUCGAUCGCUCGCAAUGCACUGAUAAUCUUACUUGCUUCCUUCGUGGCGGUAAUUUUUCUUCAGCAUGGCUUUCAUGAUGCAUUUUCUCUCACCGAUCACUUGGAGCCGGGAUUUCCUCCUUUUCAGGCACCUUCUUUGACCAUUACUGUCGGAAACCAGACCCUAUCAACCUUGGAAGUCCUCAAACAAGUUGGACCGGGAUUGGCCAUCGUCCCUCUCAUCGGCUUCCUAGAAAGCAUAGCCAUUGCCAAAGCCUUUGCCCGCAAGAACAAAUACAAAGUUGACGCAAGUCAGGAACUUAUCGCACUUGGUCUUGCCAACUGCUUCAGUUCCUUUGUCUCAUCAUACCCAGUCACGGGCAGCUUCUCCAGAACCGCAGUGAACGCGCAAAGUGGUGUCACCACCCCUGCUGGAGGUAUUUUCACUGGAGCUAUCGUACUGCUUGCACUAGGUGUUCUAACGCCAUUUUUCAAGUACAUCCCCAAAGCAUCGCUGGCCGCACUCAUUAUCUCCUCUGUGCUGACCAUGAUCGAGUACCACAUCGUACCUAAGAUCUGGAAAGCCAGGAAGAUUGACUUGCUCCCUUUCUUUAUCACUUUCUUUGGCUGCUUCUACGAGAUUGAGCUUGGUAUCCUCCUUGGCAUCGGUGUUUCACUUAUGAUAUUCCUCUACCCCGUGGUAUGGCCAAAGCUGAUCAAAGCUGACUGCGAUUACACCGUCAUCAAAGUCAACGGCGAUUUAAUCUAUGCAGGUAUGGAGCACGUGACCUCUGAAAUUCAGGAGAUGAGUUACUCAGACCCUCCCCCACGGGGAGUUGUCAUUGAUUUGAGCGUGGUUACCCAAAUAGACUUUACAGUUACCCAGAGUUUACUAAUGGUCCUUGAAGACUUGGAGAGUCGGAAAAUUUCAGUGUUUUUCUCCGGCGUUCAAAAUCACAUUCGUGAUAUCAUGGUCGACUCAGGAAUUGAACUUAGCAUAAUUAACCCGACCCCUGAUGCCAUGGCCAGAGUUGUUAACGCUGAGGCUGCACCCUUCUUACCUCAAGCGGAAAUCACUAUUAAUGACUCAGAAUAGGGUGGUAUAUAUUGCAUUGACAACUAAAAUAAAUUUAAUAGGUGACUUGUGUGACAAAGUAACGUAACAGUUUUCCUUACGUGACUGAGUAACCGGGAGAAAAUUUUUAAACAAGAUACUUUUACACAAAUAUCAAGUCAAUGUAACUUGGAAUUAUGGGACAAAAAUCAAUCCCAUAGUCCAUUGCGAUUUGAAUUAGUUACCAGUCUCCCAUGGCGAGUUUUAGGAUUGCCGCGCUUUUUACGGGAAUUUGUCAUGUGACCUGUAAAUGCAAGAAACCUAUAAUUAACAUUUAUAGAAUUUCACCAUUUACCACACCCAUAGAAAAAAUUAAAAGUUAAAAAUAUUUUAUAUGUUAAAUUGAAAGAAAUGUCUGAAUUAUUUUUUUAGAGUUUGGAUUUCGGUUCACGUUCUGAAAAUUGCCAACAAAGCAUUAAAAUCGAGUGAAAUAAUACGAUAAAUUUGUGAAGACUGAAUUUGUUUAUCUUAAGAAAAAAGUAGUUUCAUUAGGAAAAGAGUAUUUUAAAAAAAAGUCACUUGUAUUUUAUCAACGGAGUUAAAUAUCAAUCAUUUCAGUAUCACGUCUUCACAAAAUGUCAUAAUACCAUGCUUAAUGUUGUAAAACUAAAAAAUCUGUAUAAAGAAUUUUAUAUCUUGCAUGGAAGGAAAAAUAUCCAAUUACAAAUUAUUUGAGAUCAUUUAUUAUCAUUAACUAUUAGAAAUAUUAAAACUGAAAGGAAUGUUUGUACAAACUGGUAUCUAGAUUAUUAUUAUUGAAUUUUGAAUGACAUUCAAUUUACUCACAGAUUUAGUUAUUUACAGUUUUCAUCUUGAUAUAUAUGCACUAUAAUCGUAGGUGACAUCUCUAGACAUCCUUAAGUUUUCUUGAAAAUACAAAAUAGGACAAUCUAUUAUAAUAUUAAUUGGAACGUCUGUCGGUCGAUGGGCUGGGCGAAAAACUUUUCGCCUGCCACAUUCAACCUAACAACUCUUAAUUUUUCUGCACUUUUGAAAAUUCCAAUUGUUUGGUUCUUAUUUGUCUUAUUUUAUAUUUUCCAUAAUUAUUGCAUGAAAUUAUUUAAAAUAAUCUUUCAACAGUUGGUUGUCAUUAUUUACUUUUGUUCAAGAUAGUUAAAUUCGUCGUAAUCGAUAACUAAUCGUAUAUUUUGUACAGUCGAUACAGCGUCGUAAGUAUUAAAGCUGUUAUUUACUCCAAUAUUAAUUUCAGCAUCAUAUAAAUCGAUAGACUAUCGUAGAUUCAGGUUAUAGAAAAUAUUCAUAAUUACGUCUAUUGCCAAAGCAAGCCACUAUUUUACGAAGAAGAAUCACAAAAAAAAUACGAAGAAAAAUCACAACAUUUCGUAGAAAAUGAAAAUAUCGAUCUUACCCUCUCAACGAAACAACAAAAUUUUUAAAAUUAUGUAAAGCUGACGAGAUUUUUAUCAUAGAUUAUUAAUAGUUUGUUUACAUCUAACGUCAUAUUUCAAGAUGGCGUCUAUAAUUUUCCCUGAAACAGUCCCAGAAUGCACUGCAAGGCUUGUGAGAUUAACCUGUCAAAAUCUUUUUUCUAAAUAAAAAUAAUCCAUUUAAUAUAGUAUAUCACUGGCAAUCGAUGAAUUAUCCUAUAUCAAUCAGUUAUCAGUCGUGAGAUAUUCGUAUGUAAAAUACUCUAUUAAAUGUUAGAAGUAUCCCACAGACGACUCUAUUCAAUAAGACACUUGCAUUAUAGCGUCAUUGACUACAACUACCAGAAUCCCUUGCACACUUUCUUUUGUUCAGUUAAUUAAUAAGUACCAAUUGUCUUAAAAUUCUCAUGGGGCAAUACAGAUUUGAGUAAGAAAGAAAUUUAGGGAAACAUUUAGGUUUUCGUAGUCAAAUAACACUACAAUGCAAACGUCUUAUUUGUCGUCUACAUUUUGCAUAGCACUCCUCCUUAGUAAUUUUGUAGCAUUGUAGCAUAGCCAUAAAUUUUUAUAGACAAUAAAGAUUAUUUUCAAUAUAUA